GUGUACAUCCCCGUGCCCCGUCGUGCAGGAGGAAUAUCUCCGUACACCGGGCAUGAAUGUCCGUUCAUUCCCCUGCAUGCGCAAUGGCUGUGUCUCUGCUCCUGCACGAAUAUAGGCUACAGUGAGGUUUUUUUUAACAAGCAAAUCAUACUGUCUACUCUGUACAGUAAUAAAGAGUGUAUAGUGUCCGGUCUUGUCGCUGAACUGAUGGUUUACCCUCCAGCUCCACGGAUGGUCGCUGUCACUAUUGAUGUUUGGGACUGCAUCUCUUUGAUAUCGCCAAACUUCCGGGUCACGUAAACCCGACCAAUUAAAUAUUAAAAUCAAAUUCAGUCCUGCUGCCUGUUUUUUCAUUUCGUAUUCUUGAUCUGAAAUAUGAAAAACCAGACAUUUUUUUGUUUUUUGUGUUGGAUUCAAAAACAAAAAACAAAAUAAGCUGUCACUUUUUAGUUUUUGGAUUUUUGAUUUCCAAUCGAAAAUAGAAUGAAUGAAUGAUACACGGAUUACGGAUUCAAUAGUUUUCGGACAGUUCGGUUUGAAGAAAAAAUCAAACUAACGAAACAUACACUGACCGAUGUGCGUGUCUAUCUCUCUUUUCACUACACAAAUACAGACAUUGUAACAUGUGAUAAUCCAUCAAUCCACCGAUUGAUUAUUAAAAAGGCUUCUUUGAAAGCAAGCGACCAGGAGCAGGCUCAGGAAAACAGCGGAGAAGUGAGCCAAAAUGGCGACAACAGAAAGUUAUUGUCGAACCCAGUAAAUCUUUUUCAAAUAAUGAAUUCAGAGUAAAUCUAUUUUUUUAAUGGAAAAGCAAUAGUUUUAUUCUGCAUCCCUCUAAAUGCUCUGUAGGUAUUUUUAAAAUAAUAUGGCUUUUAAUAAAGAUUAUCCAUAUUCAACCUAUAACCUCUAUUAUUUAACCAUGUUUAGGAAAGGCUUUCUAAACUUUUUCUGUUUAUUUUAACAUUUAUUUUCUCUCAAAUUAUGCAGUGUCACCAACGGGAGCAUCAUUAAUCACAAAAUUGAAAGAGGAGAACAAAUUGGCUAAGAUGAAAAUACAACGCCUGGAGGAGCGGGUGAAGCACCUGGAAGAGGCUAACAUCGAUCUCAAAAAGGACAAAGAUUUUCUGCUUAGUAGAUUUGACGAGAAGCCAGGUCCUUCUCACAAGAGUGCAAAGAAAGAAGUCAUCUCUACCUCCUCUGAAACACCCUCAGCCUCAUCCUCUGAUGAGUCAUUCUUCUCAGAGGAAGAAGAGGUUAAGGUAAAGGAGAAGAAGAAGAAGAGGAAGACCAAGAAGCCAAUGAAAACCUUAGAGCCACACAGUCGCUCAAGGAUGACAACCAUCGAUGGCGUGGUGCGGCGCUACAUGAGGGCUCUCAAGAGCUUCAAAAAAACUGGAUCCAUGAAGCGAGCCUUUGAGCAUUUGGGGGUGGACCGGAACACCAUAGCAAGGACCGCCCCAAUCGCUGAGGUCCACAUCAUUUUCCCAGACAUAUUUGAGGGUUUGAGUAAAGAUAGCCAUGACAAAAUCUCCACCUUCACAGAGAGGUGCAGGGAAGCCAUAACAGCAGAAAUGGCGAGCACACUGACGCACAAAAAAAAUGCAGGUGAACUACUGCCGAUCACUUACAAAAUGACCUAAUCAUUAGACAAUUGGCUUUAUGCACAGCUCCACGACUUCCUGAAAUAAGCCAGCUCGUUUAUUUCAUGUCUUACAUUAUUGGACCAACUGAUUAAUCCAGGUGUGUCUGACCUCACAACAAUGGUCAGGCACACCUGGAUUAAUCAGUUGGUCCAAUAAUGUAAGACAUGAAAUAAACGAGCUGGCUUAUUUCAGGAAGUCUUGGAGCUGUGCAUAAAGCCAAUUAGUCAAUAGUUUUUAUUGUUGUUCAUAUUUUGUUAAGAAACUUUUUCCAGUAUUUGUGUUUGCUUGUUUUGUAGCAAUGUUGCAGUUAUUACAGGCCCAGAAGUCACAAUGUAUGCCAGCAAUAGCUGGUUAAGUUUGAUUUGAGUCAUUAGACCUCUAGAUUUUGAGUUAAGUUUGAUAUUGUUGAUAGCUACUGGUCAGGAGCAGCAAAGCAUUCUGUAAGGGUGAUCAAAAGCAGCUUUUACCCAUUAGUUCGAGUAAAAAUGGUAAGGGAAAUACAUGCAACAUGUUCAUGGUCAGUAAUCAUGACAUGAGUGUUGAGCAGAGGUUUCU